AUGUCUCGCCCUUUUCCGUAUGCGUACAUCUCCUGCCCCUGCGCAAACACACCCGCGCCCGACCCGUCCAGAAAGCGGAGAUCAAGAGAGUCGCCGCAAAAGGCCAGCCCAGAGAAACCGCGCCCAGAACCCCAAUUAGAUGACGAGGAGGACGAGCAGACCUUUGAUCCGCGAGCCCCUCGAUCCAACUUCUCGCUAUAUCCUCCGGAGCAGCUGCUUUACUGCGAAGACUGCCACCAGAUAAAGUGCCCGCGAUGCAUCACUGAGGAAAUAUUAUGCUGGUACUGUCCGAAUUGCCUAUUCGAAACGCCGAGCAGUAUGGUUCGGAGUGAGGGGAAUCGGUGCGCGCGGAAUUGCUUCAAUUGCCCAGCUUGUACCGCGCCACUAUCCGUCACAACUCUCGAGAAUAGGGGCGGAGAUCAGUCAGGUCCCUGGGUCUUGUCCUGCGGAUACUGCAUGUGGACGACGCUGGAUAUCGGUAUCAAGUUUGACAAACCCACCAAUAUCCGCGCGCAGUUGGCCAAAAUGACGACUGAGCCCUCCACGCCGGCCACCCGCACACGGCAAAUGUCCAAGACGUUUGGCGAUCUCAAGUCUCCAUUGUCAAUGUACUCAUCGACAGACGAUCAGUUGACCCCAGCAGCUGGUAGCAAACCUGACAAUGAUGAUCAAACUCCAGACACAAGCAUACCACGCACUCGCGACGCCCGGUUCGCGGCGCUCAAGUCCUUCUACAAGGACCAGAUCGCGGCAACUACAACCAGAGGUGUCGACCCGGGAGACUUUGGGGCUUCAUUCUCCUCUCCAAACACGCUUCACCGCAUCAUGUCCAUCUACACCGCAACGCGCAUCACGGCUCUCUACGGCAAUGGCAAUAAGAAGGCUAGAAACAGGCCGCCAGUGAUGAGGGAAGCUGUCUCUGCAAACGAAGGCCUUGCCCUACCCAAAACCAACUCUGAAACUGCCAUCAUCCAGCGGAUGGCCUCUGACGACUGUGGCUGGGACGGUCUGGCGUCCCUCGAGCAGCGCGCCUUCCAAUCACCUGAUGCACGCUUCGUCGAAGAUCUCCUCCCUCUCCCUUCACUGCUUCGGACGAAACGCUCGAAACGAUGCAAGUCGUGCAAACACAUCUUAGUCAAACCCGAGUUCAAGCCCUCGUCAACACGAUACCGUAUCCGUCUCAUUGCGCUCAGUUAUAUCCCGCUAACGACAAUGCGCCCUCUAAUCCUCCCUCCCACGACAUCCACAUCUCUACCGUCGCUCUCGAGCGCUGCAGCACCCAACUUGGAUGCGCUUACCCCGCAAAGGCCCAUUCAACUCCUUCUCACGCUGAAGAACCACAUGUUUGAUCCCAUACGGAUUACUCUGGCCACACCCUCCGUUACACCAGGCCGUGUCGCCUCCAAGGUCACAAUCCUCUGUCCGCAGUUCGACAUUGGUGCGAAUAGCGAUGUCUGGGAUGAGGCCUUGCAGAGCGCCACAGCGCCUGAUCGCUCCUCACGGACAUCGCCCUACGAGAAGGUCGCAGAGGCGGGCAAGGUCUGGGAUAAGGGGAGGAACUGGACCACCGUUGUUCUCGAGGUCGUUCCCGGGUCGUUGCCUGGUCUCAAGCUCAAGGGCACUAAGGGUGAUAACGAUGAUGAUGAUAAUGAUGACGACGACAGCGACGAAAACGAAGGAGCUCUCGACUGGAGUGGUAAAAGCAGAGAUCCCAGGCAGCAUAUCCAACCGGACGAGGAUGUCCUCGAGAUUCCAGUGUUUGUGCGCAUGGAAUGGAGCUCGGACAGUCAAAUUGAUACAGAGGAAGGGAUUGGCAGUGCAAAGGGUCUGGGAGGUGAUUCAGUGAAAAGAGAGCUGGCGUACUGGAUGGUGUUGGGAGUCGGAAGGAUUGAGUCUUGA